UUAUAGAAUGGGACUAAUGUGUUCAAGUUCGUAAAUUAAUAAAAGGGAACAAAAAUAAAUAUAAACUGAUUAAAUAAUAGUAGAGAUGAUGAGCAAUAACUUUAAUAACCUAAACAUAGUAAUAGAGUUGAUUUAGGAUAUUAGUAUCUUUGAUAUGGCGAUAUAUUAGUAAACGAUCUUGAUUUGUAAUAUAAGUAUAAGUAAGAAGUAUAGGUGGAAGAAUAGAUUAAGAUUGAAGUGAAUUAAGAUAUUGAAUAGUAAAAUGGAAAGUCUAUAUCUGAAGAAUCUCAUCAUUCAUUGUUUUAAUCUAAAAAUCCACCUCCUUCAAUAACUUUAGAAAAUGAAUAAGAACCAUAUUCACAAUUAUUAUAAAGCAUGAUAGUAAAAAAGAAAGAAAAACUAUAAGCAAUUUAAUAAGACAUUGUUAUGCUUGAUUAUUCACCAAUAAGAUAGGAAUCAAAAUCAUAAAUUUCAAUAAUUAUAAAUUCUUUAGAGCCUUUCAGUUUAGAUUUUGAAUCUUCUUCCUCUUCAUAGUCAAUUCAAUGGAACUAGGAAUAUAGUGUUGAUAGCAAUGGUGAAAUUUUAGUAACUGGGAUUGUUAAUUGAUUUUGAAAGUUUUGAUUAUUAUCAAUAAUAUAAUAUAAUUAAUA